CCUAAUUAGCUAGUUAGAUCCAAUGAAGUAACUUACCAAGACAAAUGAGAGAGUUGACCGAUGUUGCUUCUCCACAGAUCCCUCGGGAAUCAGCCCACACGGUGUUGCAUCGUCCACAAUGAAAAGUCACUGGAUUCUCCACGAUGGCUUGGUUCACUGACUCAUUCUCCAGUUUUUGGUCAUCUGUGUCGCAGGACUGAAAUGACUCAAAAUCAUACAUUUUUUUUUUUACAAAUAUUAUAUUCUUUCAAAAUGCCACGUUGUUCAACUUCAGUGAUAACCUCUUGUGUUACUUUCAAGUGUCUUUCCGUGAUAGUUUGACCCCCACGUGGUUUUAUCGCCAUCUAGCGGAGAACCAUGGCGCCAAAUAGUAAUAAUUUUUAAUUGGACGAAAGGUACUUCCGUAUACAUCUGACAGCCAAUCAAAUGGCCUAUACGCCAGUUUUUUGAAACUUGUAUAUGUUGACCAUAAGGCGCGACGAAAAUACAUAGUUGAUUGUGUUUGUGUGUAACGUUACUCGUUCAAUUUAACGGGAGCUGAUUCAUUGAACGUGUUUCAGUGACACGUGUUUCAGUGUUUUGUUUUUCGCUUAAAACGAGAAUAAAAAUGGACUUGGAUUCCAUGAAGUAUUCCGAAUUGCGCAGUCUUGCAAAGGAGGUUGGUCUCAAAUCCUCCAAACUGAAGGCUGAUAAACUCCUGAAGGCGCUCAGGGACUAUUUCCAACAACAAACGCAGGAAGAUGUUGCAGUGGACGGAGGUGAGACUGGUGUUGAUGCACAGGAUAACACGGUUAACAGCAACUCAACUCAGGAUGAAAACAAUUCAGCGCUGGUUGAUGAGCUGUCACCAAAACCUCCAGCUCAGGAGUUUGUGACCAAACGUCGCGGUAGAGGGCAACCGAAAAUGAGGAAGGAGCCUGAAGAUGAGGAGGCAGAAUGUGAACCUGCCAAAGCGCCGCUCACCCCGGCUGAGGUGAUUGAAUCCAUCAUCGGCAAAGGGAGUUCCAAGAGAAAGAGAGCGUCUGCUGCUAAGGAUUCUGGGGUGGCUGAGCCUGAACACAAAGUUGCAGCAGUGCUGUUCGGAGUGGGACAGAAGGUGGGCAAGCCAGUAGGAAAGAUCCCUCACCACGAGGGGCUCCUGAAGAGGACUAAGUCUGUGUUGAAGCCUACUACACCAAACUUCAGAAAGCUCCACGAGGCCCAUUUCAAGAAGAUGGAGUCCAUUGACUCAUACGUGGACAGGAAGACCAAGAAAAUGGAUUCGUUCAGGAAUUCAGUGAAUGAAUUGAAGACUCUUUUGACACCAACUGAUGGAAAAACUCAAACAAGCUCAACCUCGAGCCGCGUCUCCCUGUUCAGCCCUGCAUCCCAGAAACCAGUUCCCGACAGACGUAGACUUACCCAGGUUUCAGCCAGCAAACCAGCUCCUGACAAACGUAGAAUUUCGGCCAGAAACCCCCCCCAGAAGGACACUGUGGUCCCAUUCAGACCCACAGUCUUGUCCACACGCCGGAUCAACGUUCGGUUCUCUCAAGCUACUCAGGAUAAUGAGCACAAGAAGACUAUGGUGAAGACGCCAGCACGCAUGGCACCCCGCGUGGACCUCCUCACUCCUGGGAAAGAGACUACGUUUAGAGGGAAAGCUGAAGUCAACAAGACCAUUGUUCUCUCCAGCGCUAAGACACCAGCGUUUGUGUUUAAUGCAAACACCAGUGUUCUUUCUAACUGUCCCGAAACCAACAAGAAGGCCAACUUUGAUCUGAAGGCCAGUCUCUCUAAGACUCUCACCUAUAAGCCUCAUAAGGGAAAGCUGAAGCCAUUCAUGGUGGCCCAAGAGAACAAGGUGGACCAGUCCGUUCCCUCCCACCAGAAGAACUACAAACAGCAUUCGGUUCAGACAAGGGAGGAAAGGAGGACAAAACAGACUGAAGACAGGAAGCAGAAGAAAGAGAAGGUGCUUGGAGCCAGACGAGGCCUCGUCUUGACCUGAUUAUUCUACACUUACUUUUUCUCUUGUGAAGUUUAAACUCUUUGUCAUUUCAGACCUGCUGAUUGAUUCCCCUUUUCCUCUACUUUGACUUUCAGUUCCAACCUGUUUUUGAUUGUUCGAUUUUUAGAUUCACUUAUAACAACGUUUUAAUAAAUGUUUUUAUUAACUUUAGUAUGGUACAAAUAAUGUUUCAUAUUUUGUAUACAUACCUGUGUCGUUUUUGUAGACAUUUACAUAACAUUUUGAGUCCUACACGCUUCGAACACGCCGCCGACAGUGUCCUUGGUUACUGGCCCCCUGUGCAAAAUGGUACGCAGCAUCAUCUGAUUUAUGUAUGCAACAAAAGGUCAAUAUUCUCCUUCUGCUACCAUUUCUGUCGAGCCGUUUACAGCAUACAGUUUGACAAAUCCAAUUUACGCACCACACCCAACGCAAUGCUGCAAGACAAACUCAGCUUUUUCAAUGGAAAUCUAUGUAAUUCUGGUGUACCAUAAUGCAAACCGCUGUUGGUGUGAUCGAAGCGUAUUCCCCUAUUCUCUGUGCUGGCUCCUCCCCCUAUGGGAAUCAACCCUGACGUUGUAAGCGCCAUGCUAUACAACUGAGCUACACGGGACCUUAAGUCGUAAAUAUUUUGUACAGUUUGGUCAUAUUUGUUAUUCAUGUGAAUUGUAUUAUUCUUUUUUUUGUAUACCAUUUUGAACUUAGCUGAUGUAAAGGCAAUGUAAAAUACCAGUAGUAAAAAUGUUUUCCCCA